CGAGAACUCAGGGUGUGGCUUGAACUGAAACACCCGACUAUCGUCCCGCUACUUGGUAUUGCGAAGGUCCAAGAUUCUCUAUUUCCAGCUCUCAUUUCCGAAUGGAUGUCUUCUGGGACAUUAUAUGCGUACCUCAAGGAGCAAGGGGCGUUGCUGAUGGCCUCGAAUAUCGUUCGUAGAUCUCUAUUAUGUUAUUAUUUUUCAUUCUUGAUGCCUGUUGGAUCAGUUCACUCCCGAAGUGUCGUUCACGGAGACCUUCAUCCUGGGAAUGUGCUCGUAGAUGGUUCAGGGCAUCCACGUCUCAUAGAUUUUGGUCUCGCGACAAUCGCAGGGGACGUAGAGUCGCAAUUGAAUACGACGACCGCAGGCCGCAGUGUCAAUCCUCAAUGGCGUGCACCUGAAGUCAUUGGAAUCGACCCGGAGACUGAACCUGUACGACCGAAUUUCGAGAGUGAUGUAUAUUCUUUUGGCAGUGUCAUGUUCUUCAUCGUCUCAGGGGUUACACCGUGGCACGAGAAGAAAAGUUCAAAUCAUAUCAUCAUUGAGCUAUCGAAAGGAGCUACUCCUACACGUCCCGACAACAUCCUUGACGAUCACUGGAACUUAAUCAGCAAAUGCUGGUCUCGGGACCCCAUGUGUCGCCCAGAGGCAACCGAAGUC